AUGGCGACGAAGAAGUCGAGUCCUUCUUGGGAGGGAAGGUGUUUCUACCUGAGGGUAAGCAAUCCGAGUCCCAAUUCGAAAGCUAUAGGAUAUACGGCUAAUUCCUUGGAUGGAGCAGACCCGUUUAUUCCCCCAGCCCGACCUCCACGCCACAGGAUUGACCACGACUUCGAUGCUUGGAAGAGCAUGAGAAAGAGGGAAACAUGGGAGCAGGCGGAGAUUCGGGCUAUGAAGCGAACCAUCGCCAACCUCCACAGACGGGUGAGCUUGAUAGAAGACAUGGCCGGCCGACCUGGUCCCUCUCCCGUGCAUAGGGAGCGGGAUACUGCCUCCGAACAGGCAAUUCGAAACAGCCUGGCUGGCCACCUCACCCAACGCAUCGACAGUGCGAUCACCGGCAUAUAUCGUCACCUAGAUAGGCGGGAUGCCCACAUUGCAUUCCAACUUCAGCACCAAGGGACACGAAUCGGCGUUGCAGAAUACAGGAUUACCAAAUUGGCUGGCAGCGUGUCAAACCUGAUCCAGCAGGCUGGAGGAUACUUCGCCGAUGUCUGGCGAACUACCGGCGGCGUUGAAUGA